AAACAUUUUAAACAUGAGAUUUAACGCACACUUUCUCAUUAAACUAAAACAGUUUAAUAAAAAGUACAUACAGUAUGAUCCAUAACAGCAUUUAAUCAACAGUUUAUAUCAAUUAGCCCAUCCAAAGGCUUCUAACAGAUUAAACAAAUUAGACAACCCUUGUUAAUUAGAAUAUGAUUAAAGGUUUUUAAUUAUAUCACUGAUGAAGUACCCUAAUUAGUGUGAAGAUAUGAUAAUAGCCUGCUGCGACAAGUGCAGAAUUGUAUUGGGUUUGCAAUCAAAUCCUAAAGACUUUCAAAAUUCCACUUUUCGCUGUCAUUAAUAAAAGAUUCCCCAUACAAAGCCUUUUCACCAGUGACAUAAAAUUUAUGCUACAUACAAUACGUUAACCCAAGGAGCUUCUCAAUUUUUUCACUAUUACAAAAACUAAUAAAUUCGUCAAGGUGAAUUAGGCAUACAAAUAAGAUAAGGCGUAGCAGAUUACAUAUUGAAAAGCUGUGUUUCACGAGCCUAAAUGAAAUUCCAAUCUAAUAAUCCCUUCCUGGCCUGGCCAUAAUUUGCUUAGAGAUGUUGUUCUACUUCUUCCAAAGCGCUAUUCGCGCCAUAAUUAAAUGAUAGUCAAGCUUUUAACUUUGAUUUAUUUCGUUCCGCGGAGAUAGCGGUACAUGAAGCUGUUCAUAUUUAUUUCUUUAUUUCCAUCGGAAUUAUAAAGCAUGCUUUUUUCACUCUUAAUCACAUCUUCAAAAUCUUAAAGCUUGAAACAUGACAUCCACGACUUCAUUAUUAUAUAUGUAUACACUCUGCAUAUGACCAUGCAUACAGUACACACCUUCAUGCAUACGCUACCAGCUGCCAAUACUUAAAUAAAAUAAAACAAAACAAAACUAUUUGGACGAUUUUCCCGUUCUUGAGUUGACCAUGAUAAUAUAUAUGGUUGAUAAUAUUUUGUUGUCUCUUUCUUCAUUUUUCUUUACCUUUAGCAGAUACUGCAGACUGCGCACUGCAAGUGCCAGAAACUUUUGUUAAUGCAAAGCACAACACUAGCUAGCUUUGGCCGUGUGAAUUGAGUGCCUUUGCCAAAACUGCCCAUGCGCGUAGCCCCCCAGCGGUGCUGUGGCUAAUGAAGAAUAAUAAAUCCAUGAAAGGUUUUUCAGGUGUAGCUGAGAGAGAGAGACACACACACAGAGAGAGAGGGAGAGAGAGCUCUCGCCUGAGAGAAGAGGCAGACCGAGUCCCCGCAGCAUUGAAUAAAGUCGAAGAGUCUCGAGACUGUCACCUCUUAUCUCUUAAUUGAAUUUGCUCUUGUACCGGCUACUACAGAAAAGGGUGAAAGUGCGCUAUGUCAAGGCUGAUCUCUUGGAAGGCUGAAUGAAAAGAGAAGGAAAAAAAAAACAACUUUUAAAAAAAGAUUAGCAGCGUCAUUUCUGAAGAGGCAACAACAGGCAUCAACGGCGACAAAACAAAGAAAGAAAGAAAGUGGGGCGACAGACUUAAAAACCUGAAAAGCAGUAGGAUAGGAGGCGGGCAUCUAUUUUAAAGCGGCUUGUGCCUCAGCCAUAGCAGAAGAGGUAGCCCAAGGCGCGAGCGCUGUUCAUUUGCGUAGUCUGCACUGCUCGCGACAUCACUCGUAGUGCAGCAGCAAAGACUUAGUGCGAAAGUCCCCCGACCUGUGGGCACUAACAGAUGUGCUAAACAGACUAGACAGUUCCUUUUUUUUCUGUCUUUCUACAGAGCAGCAAUUAUUAAGCAGUGACUCGAGACUUGAACAGGCAGCGGGGCUUCAGCUCCCAUCGAAGAGGCGGAGACUGAACUUAUUAAGAGGCACUCGCCUCAACUCAGUCGCCUGCAAAUAUGAUGAUGAUGUCUCUGAACAGCAAGCAGGCAUUCGCCAUGCCUCACACCAGCUUGCCCGAACCCAAGUAUUCCAGUUUGCAUUCUUCUUCAUCUUCUACUUUGACUUCAAGUGCGCCUUCUUCCUGUUCGUCUUCCAGACACAGUAGUACUAUCAGCAGCAGCAGCUCAGAGGCGAUGCGCCGAACCUGUCUCCCAACCCCACCGAGCAAUAUAUUCGGAGGUUUGGAUGAGAGUUUGCUGGCCCGCGCUGAAGCUCUGGCGGCUGUGGAUAUAGUCUCUCAGACCAAGAGCCACCAUCACCCUCCUCAUCACAGCCCUUUCAAGCCGGACGCUACCUACCACACCAUGAACACUAUCCCCUGUACCUCCUCUGCCUCCUCCUCGUCCUCCGUGCCUAUUUCUCACCCGUCGGCUCUGGCGACCCACCAUCACCACCACCAUCACCACCAUCAUCACCAGCCUCACCAGGCUCUGGAAGGGGACCUUCUCGAUCACAUCACGCCAGGGCUGGCGCUCGGGGCCAUGGCGGGGCCGGACGGAUCUGUUGUUUCCACGCCAGCACACCCUGCCCACAUGGCAGGUAUGAACCCCAUGCACCAGGCGGCCAUCAACAUGGCCCAUGCCCACGGGCUGCCCUCUCACAUGGGCUGCAUGAGCGACGUUGAUGCGGAUCCCAGAGACUUGGAAGCCUUUGCCGAGCGUUUCAAGCAGAGGAGGAUCAAACUCGGGGUUACCCAGGCGGAUGUUGGGUCAGCGCUGGCCAACCUGAAGAUUCCAGGGGUGGGCUCUCUUAGCCAAAGCACCAUCUGCCGGUUCGAGUCCCUCACGCUGUCCCACAACAACAUGAUCGCCCUGAAGCCGAUUCUGCAAGCCUGGCUGGAGGAAGCAGAGAAAUCACACAGGGAGAAACUCAACAAACCCGAGCUCUUCAACGGGGCAGAGAAGAAGAGGAAGCGCACUUCAAUAGCGGCGCCAGAAAAGAGGUCCUUAGAAGCGUACUUCGCCAUUCAGCCUCGUCCCUCCUCCGAGAAAAUAGCAGCCAUCGCAGAGAAACUAGAUCUCAAAAAGAAUGUGGUUCGGGUCUGGUUUUGCAACCAGCGGCAGAAACAGAAAAGAAUGAAGUAUUCUGCUUGCGCCUAGCUUGACCUCUAGCAAUU